AUGUCUCAGAAUGUUCGCCUUGCCUCCCUGUCUCGUCUAUGGGGCAUGAUCUGGUUUUCCAUCUGCCCCAACGGCUUCAUCGCCUAUGAAGACACAACAAUCGUUCCAUCGCUCGCCCAAGCCGCAAGCGGCAUUGUUCUCGAACUAGGUCCCGGACCCGGAAACCAACUGCAUCGCUUCAACACCACUCAAAUCGACCGCAUAUACGGCAUCGAACCCAACGGACAUUACAAAGACAGCAUAGAUACCAAGGUGGAGAAGCAUGGGCUACAAGACAAAUACGAGCUGAUUGUUGCUGGUAUUGAAGACAGCGACAUCCUGAGAGCGCAGGGAAUAACCGAAGGGAGCGUGGAUACUGUGCUAUGCAUUCAAGUCUUAUGUGCAGUACAAGACCCGAAGAUGGUGAUGAGAGAAGUGUGGAAGUUGUUGAAGCCGGGAGGGAAGUUCAUCUUCUGGGAACAUGGGUGGAGUAGGGAUCGUUUGACAACUAUCGCGCAAGUUGUAUCAAAUCCUGCUUGGAGCACAUUUGUCGGAUGUCACUUGACGCGCAAUGUGUUGGCGGACAUUUUGCAUGCGGGAGAAUGGCAGAAUCUGGAGGAUGUUGAAGAGCCUGUGGAUCCGUUGAGUCUUUUACCGAGGGUUCAGGGUGUGCUCAUCAAGAAGACUUGA